CUCAAACUUUGCAGUUCAAUCUUGCCUGCCCGGCCUUUUUUGCCUUCUCCAUCAAUUCCGUAAUGGAAAUUCAAGUGCCGCCAGGCGCCAGCUUGACGAAGGAACAAAGGACUGAGAUGGCCAAGGGCUUUGAAUUCCUGGGACUAAUGGCCGAAGGUGGGCGGGCCCGAAAACGCAAGGGCUUACCAUUAGUCGUCCCCAAGGUGGAAGUGCCCAAACUUCUUCGUGGAUGCGGAAGAGCCCCAACUGCAGCAGAUCUCAAGGAGCUGAUGACCAAAGUUCCAAAUGAAGGUAUCCAGCUGGAAGAUUUCUUGUCACUCUACGAAACGGCUGCCGAGAAGCCCUUGCUCAACGAAUACCAACUUUUUGAUGCCCUGAGAACUUUGGACCUGACGAAGACUGAUACACUUGAGCCAAAGGGGCUGAAGGAAAUUCUGCAUGGCUUUGGGGACGCGGUCACCUUCGGGGAAGUGGACAAGAUUUUGUCGGGUUUGCCCAGAGAUGGCUUGGGCCGAGUGAAGUGCAAGGACAUCGCCCGGAAGCUGAUGAAAGGACCUUCAGACAUUCCGCACCUGUGAGCGGCUGAACAUGGCUGAACAUGUCCGGCUUUUCCGGCUUGGAAUGCUUGGAAGCAAUGGUAGAUAUAGGACUCCUAGUAGAUGAAUUGAGGGACAUCCUCAUUCAAUUGCAUUUGCCAUUCGUUUGCCAACAUUUGCUUGUGGAAAC